AUUUUAUUCUCUUGGUUUUUGAGUUAUGUGGUGGAAAUUAAGCCCUUUUUUAAUCGCCUAGUAAAAUAGCUUCAACAAAGCAUCGUGUUAACAAAAUGAGAUCAUGUUUCAUCCUAAAAAUUAAGGAAAAGAUGAUCAACUAAUAAAAUCAUGGUUGUAACAUUAACAUAUAUAUAUAUAUUUUUUCUUUCAUUUGUUUUUCUGUAUAUAUAUGAUAUACUGACAUUUCUCAACAUUUUGCAAACUAGUUUGGUACCAUGGAAUCCAACUGCAUCACUCACUAUGUCUUCAAUUUCUAUAGUUUUUUAGGAUCGAUUUGUUGGUCUCUUGUUGGCUCCAAACUCUUUUAACAUAUUUUAAAGCUUUGAUGUUGCUUGUAGGAUCUUUUAUCAAGCAAAGACUUCUCUUGAUGGGGCAGCAAAGAAAAGUAAAAAUGAGACUCAACCAGAGCCAAUACUCCUUGAUUUGAUUGACAAUCAUCUCGUUCUUGUUUCAAUUUAUGUGUCUUUUAUUUAUUGGAUGGACUUGGUUUAGUGUUGAUUUCAUUCAUAAUGUGUUUUGAAUUGUAAUUAAGCUGUCAAGCAUGUUGUGUUAUGGGAUUUCUACUCUGUUUGAUUGAUAUAAUGUGACUCUAAUAUCAAUUUGAAAUGUAGUUUUCGUAAAACCUUUCGUGUUUGAUAUAUUGUUAUAAUUGAAAAUUCCCUUGGCUUUGUUGAAUUGAGCAUUGAAUUGGAGAAUACUCUAGCAGCCCUUCACCGUCAGACUUGUUCCACCUUUGCAGGUUUUUAACCAUAUUUAUUUUAUUUCAUUUUCUUUAUAUCAUUUGCAAUCCUAGAUUCUUCUGGUCGCUAAGAAGGGAAUAAUCUUUGUAGUUUGAAGUGAACAGUAAAGGGAGUUUGAUUUAGAAAUCACCACAACACAGAAGGCAGGGCAUGAUGGAAAAUUACAGCUUUAAAAUAAUUGCUCAGCUCUCAUGAAUUCCUAAUGCAUGGAUUUAUGCUCAUGAAGCAGGUGGAGAUGGGGAACUUGGUGAUGAAGUUGAAGUUAAUUUUAAUGGUCAAGAGAGAUACUAAUGGUAAAGCUAGUAGGAAAAGGGGGAUAGUUUUUGAUUCGUGGGGCGAAGACAAGUUAGAAGAUGCCAUCAAAUUUUGUUUCUAUGGACCUACCAAAAAUUGUUACGGGAAGAAACUUCAGUUGACAGCAGAAAAGCACAAAUAGUGAAAGAUCCCUUCAAUGCCUUCACCUCUUCCUCUUGAACCAGUUGCUCUCAACUAUGGUUGUGAUGCAAAUCAUGAUAUCCCUUUUGCUACAAUUACUAGACCCUCUAAGGAAUUGUAGAGGAAAGAUGAGGAGAUUGGCCAUGGAAGUUGAAUUUAACUAGCAGUAAGAGGUAUGUUAAGGAGAUUGAAUUGAGACAUGUAGACUUUUACGAUUUUCACUCAAUGUUUUCUUUGGGACAUUCAGCACAGGAAGUGAAGCAAAAUAGAGGCAUUAGCAAGAGGUAACUUGCAGUUGAUGUUAUGUUUUGUUGAUUACUCAUCAUAUCCACGUAGUGGUUUGUUUCUGUUGCCUUUGAUGGAUUAUUAGUCUUUCAUUCAUGCCAUGAUGGUGUAGAAUUUUUGAUUUUUUGUUUUGCAGAUUGGCCGCCAUUUGCCUCAGUUGUUCGCAAUGAUAUAUUGAUUUAUCUAGAAAAGUUGAUGUACAUUGCCUUUUCAUCAUUCUUAGGAUUGGUUCUGUGCUUUUUUUGGAAUGUCACAGCUACUACUGCAGCAUACAUCAAAGGGGAAGGAUGGAAGCCAGGCAGUAAUGAGACUGCUUUGGUGAAUACCUAUCCAAUCCAAUCCAAGAAGCAUCAUACUAGGGAAUUGGAUAUAGUCUUGCCAUUAUGGAGAUAGUUUGCAACAUCUUACAAGAACUAAAGAUCAACCACCACAGUUUUGAACAUUACACAAUUGUCAGAAGAUUAGAAAGAUGCUCGUAUCUGUUUAUGGUGAAUGGAAGGGCAAAUUUUUGACAGGGAACAGAGAUUUUAUCUUGAAAAUUUUGUUGAUCGUGUUCACUGGUGCUUACUUACCGGGACUAAAUGAUACAUGGAAUG